UCACAUGACUUCUGGAAAUUCUGACCGGGUGUCGGCACUCCGCUGCAAUUAACUAAUUAAUGGAGGUAUUAUCGGGUAGAAUGGCAGGUCAGUGAUACGUUUUUAUGAGUCGGAGUGACGUAUUAAGCAGGGGAGACAACGAGGCAAGUUUACUGAGAAAGGGUACAAGAGUUGCUGGCUAAGCUACUGGGCAGAUGUUCGCUUCCCAAUGUCUUAUGUUUACCUAGGCCCCAAAAAUAGAGCUUAACGUUUGUCGACGUCCAAGCGUCGCCUGUGGUAUCGGCGCUUGGGAAUCCAUCACGUUUAAAAGCGAAUAAAUGGAAUAAAAGCGCCGAUUCGCCUUUUCGUCCGUGUGUCAGUUUCGACCGCCUCCGCUUGUGCGCUGUCCGUCCGGACCCGUUAGCCGAACGUGAGUCAGCGUUUGAAAGUCGCUCCCUGAACCUGCCGAGUCGAGGUGAUCGUCGCCUGCUAUGUGGCCGAUAUUCCUCCUCACGAUCUUCGGCUCGUCGGUCCGGUCAGUUGUCGUUAACGAUUCCCGAGAGAUUUCCUUUGGGAGGAUCGGCGGAUCCCUUCCGCCAUACUCAAGUCCCCCCCCUCAUUACGUCACGUACCGUACCGCUGGACUCGUCGGUCCGAGAGCAGGCGGUUCGCUGCCGCGACUCGAGUCUGAAUAAAACCCGUGAACUGGUUCAAUGUAAUCGGCUAAUAAGCUGCCUUUUCUUUUCUUUUCUUUCUGUUUUUAAUCUUGACUCUGUCUUGAGCUGUUAUUCCUGAGCUACGGGCGGACACUCCGCCAUCAGUGUCAUGGAAAGGUUUUCGGGCAGGCUGAUGAUGCUGCUGAUGCUGCUGCUGUUUAAUGACGUCUUUCUCCCCCACGUGCGGCACCGCAGGACGACUCGUCAGUUAUCCUGAACCGUCCGUGAGGGAACUGUUACGUGCUGAGCUUGUUAAAAGUCAUGUCACUCCAGGCCCCUCGCACGUCAACGUUCACCUUUCAGUCCGCAGUGCACAGUGCGCACGUUCUCCAGUGCCUGAAUGAGCAGAGGCAGAGGGACGUCCUGUGCGACGUGACCGUUGUGGUGGACAGCAGGAUGUUCCGGGCCCACUGCUCCGUCCUGGCUUCCUGCAGUGACUACUUCCAAAGCAGGGUCACCAAUAUCACCAGGCAAAAUUCCAUCAUCACCUUACCUGAUGAGGUGACUGUGGAAGGGUUUGAACCAUUGCUACAGUUUGCCUACACAUCAACGCUGCUCUUCAACAAAGAUAAUAUUCAUGCCAUUCACAGAAGUGCUGAAUUUCUUGGAUUUCUCAAUGUGGAGAAGGCAUGCUUCGACUUUCUCAUUCCAAAGUUUUCCAAAGACGGGAAACCUGCGCGAGAGGACAGCCAAAGAGGCUGUUGUCAGAACAGAACACCCAGUGAGGGUUUGGGCCCGAUUAUAGAAGUCAGCCAACCUAAAUCACCAGAGUCUUGCAGCUCAGUGGCUUCAGGAGAUUUGCAAAUAGAUCUUCCUUCACAAUGUCCUCAGAACAUGCAAGGUCAGACAAGCAGAGGGAAAGAACACUUCUGCUUGGAGAAUUGUGGCCCACAAAUGUCCCCCUUAUCUCUGGGCUUAACAGCAAACAGUGUUUGCCCCAUCCUUUCAAUGCCUUGCUCAAAUACCAACAAACCAGAUCAUUCCUCACAGUUUUGUGAAAGAGACAUUUUAGAGAUAGGGGGUGUAUGUGACCAAAGUGAGUUGAGCUUGGUAGACUCUGCUCUAUCAUGUGAACUGUCAUCCACUGGAGGUGUGAGUCCUCCAGCUCUCAUCGAGGCAACAGGUGGAGAGGUACACCAGACUGUUGAGACAAUUAAUGCUGAAAGCAAAUGUGACACUGACCAUAGUCCUCUCAGUACAUCUGGGGUACAAGAUAGUAGUGAGUUAUUAGAGCAGACUACAGUUAGUCUGGAAGACAGAAUGUCUGUUGAUCUCUUAGACCCCACACUCUCUUGUAUAAGCAAUGUGGAGGGAUCUGGGGAGAGGAGCAGUGUGGAGAGGGAGGUUGCUGAACAUCUGGCUAAGGGAUUUUGGCCUGACCCAUGCCCAUCUCAGACUCAGUCACUUCCCCUAGAUCCCAUAGACCAAAAUAAUCUGACAAAGGCUGCAGACUUUCAUUGGCUAAAGCAGCUGGACCUGAGCUCUAGUACGGGAGACUGUCCCUUCCUCAGGGACCUUGGGGCAGAUGAAGAGCAUGCUCCGGCCACUGACAGCCUGUCUCAGUCAGAAAAAAGUCCCUACAUGUCCUCCUUACUCAACUCCGGAGAGGAUUCAGACCUGGACACAGAUGGGGAUACUGAGGCUAACAUCAAAAAAGCAGAAGAGGUGCAGCUACCUUUCCCAGUGAAGCAGAUCUCGGUGUUGAGUCGAAGUGCCUUCCUGCAGCUUCUGAAACACCAACACCUGAACCAGAAGCAGCUCGAGUUUGUGCACGAGGUCCGUCGACGAAGCAAGAACCGGAUAGCAGCGCAGCGCUGCCGCAAAAGGAAGCUGGAAAGUAUUCACAUUCUUGAGUGUGAAAUCUGCACAUUGAGAAGUGAGAAAGAGAGGCUGAUACACGAGCGCAGUCAGCUGGAACAGAACUUGGAGGAAACUCGGCAGAGUCUCUUUGGGUUGUGUAAGAGUGUCAGCCUGGAGUCCAGCCCUGAACAGGACCACUUGCAGCUUUUUGCCAAGCUCUCUUCUGCAGAUUGCCCCAUCUCAGCUUUCCUUGUGCCCAUGUCCUCCCCCAGCCUUCUGGGCAAAGACCAGGACUGCCAGCUCCCAUUAGAGAAACUUACUUUCCCCCCAGAGGGUAAGCCUGAGAACUCGAUCCAAAACAAGCUACCACAGACUAACCCCCACACAGAGGAGAGAGGCUCCCAGCAGAGCUGCUUUGUCACAGCCUCCUUCCUGAAUGCCUGAAUGGAUAUGAACAGCACCUUAUGAUACAUUUGCAAUGCCUGUCAUUUGAGAAGAUGCUUGGGGCAGAUGGACAUUAUCAGUUGCUUACUGUAUUCCUCUAUUGCAGAAGAUUUGUUUUUUUCUGAAACCCCUCUCAUUAACACCAAUUUCUCCCUGAUUUUAGCGUUCUUACUCAGCAGAGAUGUCUUGCUAUGUCAGGCAUUUCAAUACAGCAAAAUGCAGACUCUAGUAUUCCUAUUUUCAAGGAUUACAGGUGAUCUGUUCAGGGGCCCCUUUGCACAUUAGGCUUUUCUUAAAAAGCUUUUUUUUACCAUUUUUUUCUCAGGGAAACUCAUAACCCACCUGUAUUUUAAUGGUUAGUGGAAUUAUUGCUACAAUCUACUCACUUUUAUAAUCUAAUCAUGUAUAAAGCAUUCAGUCACUACUCUCGUGAUGUGCUGUAUAUCCUCAGCACUAAUGAAAUUUGUUAAAGCAAACAAAUAACUUACAAGCAGCAUUAUUUGAUGGUGUGGUGUGACCGUCCCCUGUUAUUCUAACAAUGAAUACAGUGCACCUGAAAGCAUUAUUGUGCAGAAUAAGACAGUGUUAUUUGAUUCAGUGUGUGCCUUAUAUGCAGUAGUUGAUUGUGAAAAACAAAGAUCAAUUUAAAGGCAGUCUUUGUCUCAA